AUGGUGCUCUUGGGUAGAAACAACAAUCCUAGUAAACAAACUUCAUUGUUUGAUAUUAGAUUAAAAGGUGCUGAUCAUGAUGUAUUGGUGAUUAAAGGUUCACCACAUGAAGCUUCAUCAGUUUUCCUGAAUGGUACAAUUGUUUUAUCAGUUUUAGAACCAUUAUCUAUUAAAAAAUUAAGUUUAAAACUUUAUGCUACAUUAAGAUUAAAAUGGACAAAUUCUUAUGAAACUCAAAGAGGUUCUGUAUUGAAAAAACCUUAUCGUUAUGAAAAAAGAAUAUUUGAACAUUCUUGGGAUAGUUAUGAAUUUCAACAAUAUUUUAAUAAUUUAUAUGAUAAUUAUAAUAAUAGUAAUAGAUCUCCAAUGUUAACAAGAAAAAAUAGUUCUGCAAAUAGUUCUUCAAGUUCUUUGAAAAGUUAUGGUAAAAAAUCAAAAUCUUCAACAAAUCUGGCAAGUUUUGGUUCUUCAACAAGUCUGAGUUCUUCACAAAAUAGUUAUACGUUAGUUCAGGGCAAUUAUGAAUUCCCAUUUAGUGCUGUUUUACCAGGUGAUAUUAUUGAAAGUGUUGAAGGUUUACCAGGUGCCACGGUUGUUUAUAAAUUACAAGCAAAUAUUGAUCGUGGUAGAUUUUCAAAUGAUUUAAUUUCUAAAAAACAUGUUAGAGUUGUAAGAACUUUAACUCCAGAUUCUGUGGAAUUAUCAGAAACUAUGGCUGUUGAUAAUACUUGGCCAAAAAAAGUUGAAUAUACUAUAAGUAUCCCAUCAAGAGCUGUGGCUAUUGGUUCAAGUUGUCCAAUUCAUAUGUUAUUAGUCCCUUUGGCAAAAGGUCUGAAAUUAGGUAAAGUUAAAGUUACAUUAAGUGAAUAUUAUUCUUGUGCAGGUUCUUAUGGUCCUCCACAUUCUGGUGAACGUACAAUUCAUGAAAUUGUUGUACCAAGUACAAAUCAAGAAAUUACUGAAGAUAAAUGGGAAAUUAAUAGUCAUAUUCCAAUCCCGGCAAGUUUAUCAAAAUGUACACAAGAUGUUGAUGUUCAAAAUAAUAUUAAAGUUCGUCAUAAAUUAAAAUUUGUUGUUGGUUUAAUUAACCCAGAUGGUCAUGUUUCUGAAUUAAGAGCUUCAUUACCUUUAAUUUUAUUUAUUUCUCCAUUUGUUGCAUUAGGUGUUAAAAAUGUCGAAAGAGAAAGAAAAUUAUCAAUUGCAAGUGAUGGAUCAAAUUCAUUUGCUGAUAUUCCAUCUGAUCAUGAAGAAUUUGAUGAUAAUGACGUUAUAUUUGCACCAGAUCCUGAAACUACUCCAGCAAAUUUAAGUUCAACAAAUUUAACAACAGAUGCUGAAAGAAUGGCACCACCAAAUUAUGAAAAUCAUAUUUAUGAUAAACUGUGGAAUGAAAUUCCAAUUGAAGAUACUCCUCAUGGUUCAGGUUCAGUUACACCAGGUACUGGAACACCAAAUGGUAUCAAUACAAGUGAAUCAUUAUCAGAUACUGGAGGUAUGGGUAAAUUAACUGAAAAUUUAAGAAAAUUACAUUUACAACGUCAAGCUGAAAUGACAUCUCAACCUUCAUUAGAUUCUUUAGCAAGAUCUUCAGCACCAGGAUCUUCAGAUAUUGGUUUAUCAAAUAAUAAUAAUACUGUUCCAAUCAUACAAGAAGAUGAUGAUGAUAAUGAAGGAGGUCUGUCAUUUAGUGCAAGUGGUGGAAGAUCAAGAAAUAAUGCUAUUCAAACACCUGUUAAUGAACUGUCAUUAAGUCAAACACCAACAGGUGCAUUAAGUGAAACUGAUUAUUUCAGUAUAAGGCCACAUAAAAAUAAUGGAAUUAUAUCACCAGGUGUUCAUUCACCAGAUCAUAUUUCAAGAGUUAAUUCUGAUACAAAUUUACCAGGUUCAGUUAGAAGUGGAAGUCCAUCUAUAAAAGAUUGGGAUUCAAGUAGUUUAUCACAAGUUCCUUCAUAUCAAACUGCAAUGAGAUCAUUUACACCAGAUAAUUUAUCACCAGCUUAUGUCCCACCAGAUUAUGAAGAUCCAGAAGUUACAAGACCAAGAGCAAUUCAUUUAAAAUCUUCAUCAUUAAGUAAUUCAAGAGCUCAAAGUACUGCAUUAUUAUCCAAUUUAAGAGGUGAUGGUAGUGGUAUUAAUAGUGGGUUACAAAGUGCAAAUAAUAAUGAUCGUUCAAGAAAUUCAUCAAAUGCUUCAUCACCAUCAGUUUCAAGAAAUGCAUCACAAACACAUUUACCAUCAUCAUCAGCAUCAAAUAAUUCAAAUCCAUUAAAUUAUUCAAGAUCUCCAAGUAAAAAUAGAUAUUUAUCAUCAAGUAAUUUUGGUUCAUUAACACCUUUAUCACCAUCAACACCACCAGUUAGACCACAUAGUACAUCGCCAUCUGAAAGUUCACCAACAAUUCCAACACAUGUUUCAGUUGGUGGAUUACAACAACAUAAUAAAUCAGCAUCAUUUGUUAACUUGAUGGGUACAUUAUUGCAUAGAAAAGAUUCCAAAAGAAAUACAAAAGAGUAA